AUGGUGGUCUCACAUGGCGACUAUACAGUCGCGUGGAUCUGCGCCUUGCCACUGGAAAUGACAGCGGCCAAAACAAUGCUGGACGAGCUCCACAGUCCACUUUCCCAGCCCAAAUCCGACCACAACGCCUACACAUUUGGUAGUAUCGGUGGACACAAUAUAGUGGUAGCCUGCCUACCGUCAGGCGUUUACGGAACCACCUCUGCAGCAAUCGUGCUUGCUCACAUGCUUCCGACAUUUCCGUCUCUUCGAUUUGGGUUGAUGGUGGGCAUCGGAGGCGGUGUACCGAGCAAAGAUGCAGAUAUCCGCCUAGGCGAUGUGGUUAUCAGCAUGCCAACUGCGACCUCUGGGGGCGUGGUCCAGUAUGACUAUGGGAAGACACUUCGGGAUGGAUGUUUCCAACGCACUGGGUCGCUCAACAAGCCACCGCAAUAUUUGCUAACUGCAAUGUCUCAAAUGCGCAGUAAUACCACGGGUGAAAGCACUGUGGUUGAAGAUAUCGCAUCAGACAUACUUCAGAAAAACGAAAACCUUCAAAAACAAUUAUCACGCCCAGAAAAAGAUUGGCUGUUUCAAGCGAAUUAUGACCAUCAAGGCGAGAAUGCCGACUGCACGAAAUGUGAGCCUGAUCAACGAGUUGCACGCACCACACGAGAUUCUAAAGAGCCCGCGAUUCAUUACGGUCUGAUUGCGUCUGGGAACCAAGUCAUGAAAAGUGCUACAACACGAGAUACUAUUGCCCGAGACCUGAAUAUCCUCUGUUUUGAAAUGGAAGCAGCCGGACUGAUGGAUCAGUUGCCAUGUUUGGUCAUCAGAGGAAUAUGCGACUAUUGCGACUCGCAUAAGCACAAACAAUGGCAGGGAUACGCCGCCCUUACAGCCGCUGCUUAUACUAGAGCUCUUCUAAGAGUAGCCCCCCAAUACAGCAAUAGGCAGAGCAGUAAAGCAAAAGAUGCGCGCCACUGGAUGGUACCUUUCGCUCGAAAUCGUCGAUUUGUUAGCCGUCAACAGGAGAUCGAAUACCUUGAACGUUCACUUUCGAACACAGCAGGCCCAGCUAAGGUUACCAUCUAUGGACUAGGAGGGAUUGGGAAAACACAAAUCGCCCUAGAGCUGGCUUACCGCACGCGAGAAAAGGUUCCUGAAUGCUCUAUCUUUUGGAUUCAAUGUACCAGCUACGAGACUGUGCAACAGGCCUACGUAAAGAUUGCCGAGGCCCUAGGCAUUCCGGAAAUAGAGCCAGCGAAGAUAGAAGAACAAGUCCGAGCUCAUCUGAGUCAAGACAGCGCCGGAAAGUGGCUUCUGAUUUUUGACAACGCAGACAAUAUGGAAAUGUGGACCAAGGGGAGCGUGACUGCGCCACCACUCAAAAAUGUUCUCCCUCGCAGUGAGAAUGGUCAUAUUCUCUUUACUUCUCGAAAUAUGAAGCUAGCUGUGAGAUUGUCAUCGCCCGAUGUUUUAUCUAUUCCCGAUGUCGAUGAAACCACUGCCAUGAAGAUUCUGGAAAAUUCACUCAUCCAAAAGGGUCUGCUGCAUGACAAAUUUACGACUACUGCUCUCCUUGAGCAGCUUGGAUUUCUACCGCUCGCAAUAAACCAAGCUGCAGCCUAUAUAAAUGAAAGAGAGAUCGUGCUAUCUGAUUAUUUGUCACUGUUGAAAGACCGAGAGACAGACGCGGCCAAGCUAUUGAGUGAGGAAUUUGAAGAUGACGGACGAUACGCCGAGACCCAGAACCCUGUGCUUACUACUUGGUUGAUCUCUUUCCAGCAGAUUCAGGAAUUAGAUUCAUUGGCGGCGGACUAUCUGUCAUUCAUAGCCUGCAUUAACCCACGAGAUAUCCCGCCGUCUAUUCUUCCACCCAUAACUUCGGCAAAAGAGAGGACUGAUGCACUGGGUCUUUUGAACGCGUAUUCCUUCAUUGGUAAACACGCCGGUGGAAGUUCAUUCAGCCUUCAUCGGCUUGUGCAUCUCGCCACGCGGAAUUGGAUGAGGAGGAAUGGGGUUUUUGAUUACUGGGUACGCAGGGCAACUCAACAACUAGAUGAUAUCUUCCCUAGUGAUGACCACAACAACCAGAGGCUAUGGAGGGAUUACCUACCACAUGCACUCUAUCUGAUGAAUAGUGAAGAGUUUCAUACUAUCCAGUAUGAAUACGUUGGAUUGUCAUCGAGAGUAGGAUUGUCCCUGCAGAGUGAUGGAAGAUAUGACGAGGCCAAAACUAUACUCGCUGAUUGCCUGAAAGUCCGUGAAGGGGAUCUAGGGCCACAACAUCCCAACACUCUGUCCAGUGUUAGCCGUUUUGGGUCCGUGCUUGAACAGAAAGGCCAGUAUGAAGAGGCCGAAGUCAUGCACCGCCGAGCUCUAGAAGGCAGAGAAAAAGCUCUAGGACCAGAGCAUCCUCAAACUCUCACUUGUGUUAACAAUCUUGGGUCCGUUUUUGCACAUCAAGGCCAAUAUGAAGAGGCUGAACUUAUGCACCGGCGAGCCUUAAAAGGCUAUGAGAAAGCUCUAGGACCAGAGCAUCCCUACACUCUCACUAGUGUUAGCCAUCUCGCUUUUGUGCUUGAGCGACAGGGCCAGCACGAAGAGUCUAAAAUUAUGCACCAGCGAGCUCUAGACGUGUUUGAGAAAACUCUAGGACUAAAGCAUCCCCUUACUCUCACUAGUGUUACCAAUCUUGGUUUAGUGCUUGCACAUCAGGGCCAGUACGAUGAGGCCGAACCUAUGCACCGGCGAGCUCUAGAAGGUAGAGAAGAAGCUCUAGGACCAGAGCAUCCCCACACUCUCGCUAGUGUUACUAGUCUUGGGUCCGUGCUUGCACACAAGGGCCAGUACGAUGAGGCAGAACAUUUGCAUAGGCGAGCUCUAGAAGGUAGAGAGAAAACUCUAGGACUAGAGCAUCUUGAAACUCUUACUAGUGUUAGCAAUGUUGCUUUUGUGCUCGAAGGACAGGGCAAGUACGAAGAGGCCGAAGCCAUGCACCGCCGAGCUCUAGAAGGCAGAGAGAGAGCUUUAGGACCAGAGCAUCCUGCUACUCUCGCUAGCAAAGAACGCAUUACCUCUAUUCCUGACCAACGAAAAUCAAGGGAUCCUGGACGAAUGUUCCUUGAAGAUCACCCUCUUUUCAGAUCCCUCCUCAGUACUUCCCCUCUGCCCUCACGUUAUGACUUGGACGAGGUUGAUUGA